UCAGUCCGCUUCUCCCCCUGUUGCAGGUUUAGUUGUUUGGUGUUGGGUGUGAAGAUGGGGCACACUCUGCUCCGUGCGCUGUUUUUAUUCUUGCUCAAUAUACUCCUCUACUGUGGACACGCUGAAGGCAUCGAGCUGACCCUUGAACCCAACUCACGGCAGUUUUAUUCUGGAGAAUUUCUUACCUUCAAAUGUCGCCUGAGAAAUGGAAAUGACAAUGACUGGCAAUACAAAUUCACAUGGAACGGUCAACAAAUGACCUCCUUCAGUCCAAACAACUCGCACUCCCUAACCAUAACGCCGGACUCGGGUGGCGUUUAUCAGUGCACCGGUCGAAACUCGACGAAGUUCACGAAACAGAGCAACACGGUCACUCUGUCAGUGUCAGAACACAGUCCAACAGCCACUCUGACUGCAAGGAGUACAUCCAUACCAGUGUCGGGCACACUGAAUCUGACCUGUUCUGUUGAUAAUCCACCCUGGACAUAUGACUGGUACAAGGAAAGCCCAGACUCUUCCAUAAGCGUCAUUGCGACGGAAGAGUCUUUUAUCGUUAUCUCCGAUGAAGGCAUCUACUGGUGCAGAGGAAGAAGAGGAAUGCCAGUUUACGUCACGAGGAGCAGUGCCAUGACUCGCAUUGAGCGAACAUUGUCCAACAACGUCUCUGUGAGCCUGGAACACAACGUGGCUCAGAUAUUCAGUGGCGAGAUGGUCACCAUCAGGUGCGAGAUCGAGAUCCAAGACGGUGGAAACACUGAGUGGGAAUAUGAAUGGAGAGCAAACAGUAGCCCGUACACACAUACCAACCGCAGUGAAUACACGCUCAGCAGUGCCUCCAUUUCCCACACUGGAACCUACUGGUGCAAGGGAAGGAAGAACUUGUACAACUCGACACAGUGGAGCGAUGCCCUCACACUGAAUGUAUUACCUUAUAAACCCAGGCCAACACUCACGGCCGAUAAGAGGACCAUACAGGUGAGUGGCAAAGUCAUGCUGACCUGCUCUUUGGCGAACUUGGAUGAGUGGCAGUACAACUGGUUCAGGCGCACUUCGCGCUCCUCUGCAGCUUGGACUGUCAUCUCAAACUCAAAUGGUUCCACAAGCGUCUCGGAGGGGGGAAUCUAUUUCUGCAGAGGAAAAAGGAGACAAACAGCUUUCACUACUGAUAACAGCGACACAGUCACAAUAGAGAAACAAGUUCCCAACAAGGUUACGGUGACCCUGGAACCCAACUGGCCUCUGAUCUUCACAGGUGAGAACUUGACCAUCAAGUGUGUGGUCCAUGGAGACGAAAUGACAGAGUGGACGUACGAAUGGAGCAAAAGCAGCUCCAACUCUGUUGCGACGCACGAUGAAUACAGGAUUGUCAGCGCGACAGAGUCCAACAGCGGAAACUACAGGUGUAUGGCCAGACACCAAUACAACAUGUUUUCCACAACAGAGUGGAGUGACUUUGUCACGUUGACAGUUUCUGCCGAGACGCCAACUGCUUCCUUAGAUGCUGACACCACAGCCUUUCCACGAGGGCGCAGUGCAGCUCUGACCUGUUCUGUGAACCCAUGGUCCUCUGGCUGGGAUUACUACUGGUACAGAGGUGAUAUAAACGCUGAACCACGAAUAACUCAGCAUAACGUUCCCAGUACAAGGCAAAGUAUGAGCGCCUCUAACGAAGGACUGUACUGGUGCAGAGGAGGAAGAGGAGACCCAGUUUACUACACAGAGUACAGCAACCCUGUCACUAUUCAUCAAAGUGUUAGCAAGGAGGUGGCCUUGACUCUGCAACCGGAAUGGCCUCUGAUAUAUCACGGAGAGUCCGCCAUACUUAGGUGUGAGAUCCUUGGAAACGACACACGGUGGGAGUAUGAAUGGAUGACGACCAGCCAAAGUCAACCUCCAAACACAAAUGAGUUGAGAAUCCAUUGGGAAUCAGAGGGUGGUUUCUACUGGUGUAAGGGCAGAUGGAAAAGUGCACCACAGAAUUCAACCGGAUGGAGUCUGUCCGUUAAUGUCGCAGUGUCUUAUUUGGCACCAAAACCAGUCCUCAUUGUGUCUCCAUCGUGGUCAAGUCCUGGAGAUCCAGUAACUUUGACCUGUGUGGUUGAACAUUUAUCUGCUGGCUGGAGAUUCUACUGGUAUAAAGCUGUUCCGGAACAGUUAUAUCUGGAUUAUAGAUUCGUAGAUGUUGAAAGUUUGGAGGACUAUAUGUACAGCAACGAUUUUGAGCCACUACCUGGAAGCAGCAAAGGGACUGAACAGAAUUCCUAUAUUGUUUAUGGACUGACACAUACAGUGGGAUAUAUGUGCAGAGCUGGAAGAGGAGACCCAGUUUAUUACACCAAGUACAGUAAUGCAAAGUUUGUCUGGUUUGGAGAUUUCCACUCACCAUUGUCUCUCACGGUCACCCCCAGCAGAGUCCAACAUGCUGAUUUUUCCCCCCCUGCCUCACUUAUCUGUAAGGGAUUUGAUUGUGCUGGGAAAGUGUGGAGGUUUCACGGCAAAAGCAACACAUUAGAAUUGCUUAACCUUACCAACGGCUGGACGGAGACGGCGAAUGAAUACUUAUGCAGCGCACAGAUAGACAGUACUGGGGUGUACUGGUGUGAAAGUGAAUCAGGAGAGACCAGCAAUGCAGUCAACAUCACUCUAGUUCAUCGUGAUGUUGUCCUGGUGAGCCCCGUCCAUCCUGUGACUGAGGGAGACUCUGUCACACUUGGCUGCUUGUUCUUUGAGGACAUCGACUUGUCAUGUGACUUUCUACAAAAUGGGAAACUCAUCCGACACGAUGACAGCUGGGAGUUUGGAGUAUCAAAGUUGGAAAUCUCCAGUGUAUCAAAGUCAGACGAAGGCUUCUACAAGUGUCGAUGUUCAGGACAGGAGUCAGUGGAGAGUUGGAUGUCUGUAGAAUCGCGUCAUUCAGUUCCUGUAGCAGUGACCAUUGGCCUGGUUUGUGGUGUGAUGCUGGUUGUUCUCCUCCCGCUGCUGCGGUUGUGCUGGUAUCGAAAGUCAAAGAAUCCAUGUGGUAACAGUCAGACAUUUGCCACGGACCAAACUGUCAAUCAAGGCGAAAAUCAACAGCAGGUGUACUCGUCUCUUCUUCACGGUGACGUUUGUCUCUAUGAAACAGUUGGAGGCUCUGGAAACACUGGGACUGGAUGCCAACAUAAUGAAGAGGAGGAGCUUGACUGCAACUAUGUAAAUCCAGAUGCAGGUCCACAAAUACAAGCGCUUCGUCAAGAGAACAAAAAAAAGGAGGCCUAACAUGAAAAACGACAACAUGACGGCGUGAGAGCUGAUGACGGAAUCCACCUGUGUUUAAUUUCUUAUUUCUUAUUUUACUUGAUGAUCAUUAUUGUUGUUUUUGUUAUUAGUAGUAUUUAUGCGACUGCUCAAACUGUGAAAUGUGUACAUUACCAAAAUUGGUGCUGUAAUUUAAGGUAAAAAUUGAAAAAUGCAACUCAGAUUGACUUGAAACUUGACCCACAAGUCCAGCUCAUUAAGCUCAACAUAAAAAAGCUUCUUGGACCAUAAAAGACCAUAAAAGAUUGGUUUGGAUAAAUGUAUGAAACUUACUAAAGUAGUUGAUGGCUUCUUUAUCCUAUAUUUUGUUAGGUUGGUUAUUUAAAAUAUAGAUUAUUCUAGGGUAAAUACAUGUUCCUGUUGCUGUUUAUAAAUAUUACUGAGUGAAUAUACUCUGUAAAUAUAAUCAAAAUCUCUUUAGGCUACUUUAUACUCUAUUAUACUAAUUUACCCGGGGUAUAAUCUAGCAUAGGUCGCUUUAAUCCCGGUUUAUUCUGGACUGGCAGUAUACUAUGGCCUGUUACACCAGGAUUGGUUUGGUACAUGCUGGACCGGUCGCCAGAACCCAAACGCCCACAGGGAGAACAUGCAAAGUCCACUCAGACAAAGGCCCUCAGUCGAACCAGGAUUCGAACUGAUGACCUUCUUGACCUACUCUACCGUGUGGAACCCUCUGUUGGUCUGUAGGUCAUCACUGGACAAGGCUCAUG